CUUCGAGUCAAAAAAAAAAAAAAAAAAAAAAGCGGCGGGACUUUUAUUUUGGUAACGUCAUACCCGGAAAUGUCCCCACGUUGUGGUGGACGGAGGAAAAACACGUGUGGAACUUCACUUCAUAUAUUUACAGCUGUUUAUGGCGUUAUAACAGGCGUUUAUAGCCUGCUUACUAUCAUGGCUGAGGACGCGCUGAUGAUCAACAUCUCCUCAGCUCCGGAAAAGUUUAACAAAAAGACAAAUCGAAGACCUCUGUCAACAGCAGAGAAAUGGGCACAGAAAAAGCGAGAAUCAAAGAGGAAGACUGUCUUUGAGCCACAGGAGAGCAGUGCUUCCAAACAGAGGAAGAUUAAUCAAACUGGUCAACAGCACACACACAAGCAAAAGCCGCAAACCCCCAGAAGCCCAUCUCAGAGGAGUAAUAAUAGAGACACAGAGGAGAACGCGGACCAGGGUGAAAACUCUGCCGCAAAGUCCCCAUCAAAGGUGAAAACAUUUCCAAAGAAAGCUCCCGAAGAGCAUGGAGACCAUGGCAGACCAUUUAUCAAAACAUCGUCUCUCUUCAGAAACAACCCAGAGAUCCCUGAUGUCCUCAGUCCUGCUGUAAAUCAAGUAAAGGAGAAAGUCUUCACCAGCAACAUGUUUGAAGAACUCAAUCUACAUCCUCAUCUGGUGGCAACGCUCCAUAAGGUGUUGAAUGUGACCAGCAUGACGAGUGUCCAGAAGAAAACCAUACCACUGUUGUUGUCUGGUAAAGAUGCUGUCGUGCGCUCCCAGACUGGAUCAGGAAAAACACUGGCUUAUGGUAUUCCAGUGGUUCAGUUCUUACAAGGGAUGCAGCCUAAAGUGAAGAGAUCAGACGGGCCUUUGGCUGUUGUGAUUGUUCCAACCAGAGAGCUUGCCCUGCAGAGCUUUCAGAUGUUUCAGAAGCUUCUAAAACCUUUCACCUGGAUUGUGCCUGGAGUUCUGAUGGGAGGAGAGAAAAGAAAAGCAGAAAAAGCCAGACUGAGGAAGGGCAUUAAUGUUCUGAUCUCGACUCCAGGCCGACUGGUGGACCACAUAAAGAACACUCUAAGUAUUGCUUUUAGCGCUGUGCGCUGGCUCAUUCUGGAUGAAGCCGACAGGACUCUGGAUUUGGGCUUUGAGAAAGAUCUGACUGUGAUUCUGAAUGCUCUGAAUGCCACUGGACUUGCCAGGCAGAAUGUGCUGCUUUCAGCCACGCUCACCGAGGGACUGUCCCGAUUAGCCAGUAUCAGUAUGAAGGAGCCCGUGACUAUCCAUGUGUCAGAGGGGAGUGAGGAGACAGUUGAAGCGUGUCCCCAGGCGGCCCCUCAGGCUCUGUCAGACAGCUAUGUGGUGCCUGAGAGGCUGCAGCAGCACGUUGUGGUGGUGCCCAGCAAACUCCACCUGGUCUGUUUGGCUGCCUUUAUUCUGGCCAAAUGCAAGUUUGAGCAGCGGCAGAAGCUGAUUGUUUUUAUAUCCAGCUGUGAGGCUGUGGAAUUUCUGCUUACUCUCUUUACUGCAAUCCUCUGUGAGAAGCCCAGCACCACAUCAACCAAACAUACCUCAGCAUCCCUUAACUUCUACAGGCUUCACGGCAACAUGAGACAAGAGGAGCGCACUGAAGUCUUCCAGGAGUUCUCUCAGUGUAAAACCGGCAUUCUGCUGUGCACGGAUGUGGCUGCACGUGGAUUGGAUCUGCCUCAGGUUACAUGGAUUGUUCAGUAUAACCCUCCUGUUUCCGCUGUGGAGUAUGUUCAUCGUGUGGGCCGAACAGCACGAAUUGGAGCUCAGGGCAGCAGCCUGCUCUUCCUCACCCCUUCUGAGAUGGCUUUUGUGGAUGUGCUAGCCAAUCACAACAUCAGUUUGUCCGAAAUGAAGAUGGAGGACAUCUUGGCCAAUCUGAUGAAGGAUGAGCGAUUCAAAGGCAGAGGGAAAUGGGACAGUAAGAGAUCAGCUGCUGCUUUUGAGCAGGAGGUACGAGAGAGAGCCACGGUUUUACAGACUGACUUUGAGAAUUAUGUUCAUGCCAAUAACGAGUCUCUGCAAACAGCGAAGUGCGCACUGCAGUCUUUCCUGAGAGCAUACACCACAUACCCCUCCAGUCUGAAACACAUCUUCCACAUCCGCAGCCUGCACCUGGGCCACGCUGCUAAGAGCUUUGGCCUGAGGGACGCACCCCAGGGCCUGGGCAGCUCCAUAACCACUAAUCCUGCCAACAGCAAAGACUCCAAGAAGGGCAAAGACAAAGCCAAGAGGCCUCCCAAGAAACUCACGGCGAAAGAGCGAGUGUCAAAUCUAAUGCGCUCAGAGUAUCUCAGUGGGAUAGAUGGAGAAUCCAAGUCUAAGAAGAAGAGGAAAAAGAAGAAAGGUCAAGAAGAGGAAGAGCAAUCUACCACAGCAUAAAGCAGAAGACUUUCUGAGAGAUCCGAGGCUCUUUUAAUGCUGAGGUCAGAGUCCUUGCAGCCAGGUGGAUUCUCAGGGUUGAACACACAGGUGUUUCUAUACAGAGUGACAUUUUUUUUUUUUACCUGUAACAAAGCACAAACGGUCAGCAGUGUGGUCUGAAAACCUGCUUUUGCCAUCUGCGUCAAAAAAAAAAAAAAACUUUGAUGCGAUUGGUAAAAUAGACUUAACAGAGUGAAGUGCAUAUGGAAUGUUUUAUUGCUCAGUCUGUUCACCUGUGAAUUUAUUAUAAAUGUGGUGCCAUAAAUAUCACUUUUUAAGCAAUGUGAUUUACAGAAUGUUGUAAUACAGUCACUGAAUUUUAUAUAAAAGUGAAUUGUAUUUAAUACAUGUGUUUGUUUAUUUUAAUCGGAUUUUGGGCUCUCCACAGGAUUGAAUCCAAACGUUUUGGCGCCUUUCAUGUUGUACACAAGGUUAUGAGAACACCGCAUAAAAAUAGCCUUUGUUAAAAGCCUUUUAGCUCUUUUCCCUGGCUUGGUCAGGUAAACGGGUGGAUAUGUAUGGAGGCUUACGCUGACCAGCUGUCCAAGCGUUGAGUCUGACUCUGCCGGUCACCAGCUGCUGCCUUUUGGCCGAGUCUUCGCUGCGAGCGCUAAAAGAAAUUUGACCGGAAUAUUACGUUUCACGGUCGCUUUAUUAGCGUAAAAGCCGCUUGUAAAAAUUUGAUUGGUCUGUAAUAAUGAAACGCCUAUUAUGAUUGGUCAAUUAAACCCACACAACAAACCACUUACCAAAAUACGCUGGUUUCGAUGUGUGUGCGCUUCUCUGUACGAAGCUUUUGUAUAGAGAGCUCACAAAAGGUUUCCUCUGGCAGUAAUGCAUAUGCUUAUGUAAAUUAAAAACGUAAAUAUUGAUGUGAAUGCAGAGGGAUGGGAAACCAAGUCACAAACUGAGCGCAGGAAACAGACGGAAAGGAUUUUGUUUUUAUUGCGUACUUCGUUCACGGGCUGUUGGUUUGAUGUCCAGCUGUAAAAAUGACAUUUUUGCUUAUUUUAAAGCUCAUUAUAUGCACCAUAUAUUCACAACUAAUAUACAAAAACUGUUUGACCAAGAGAAUGUUUAAGAAUAAAGUACUUCUGCCAUAUGUGACAAA